AUGGAUUACACCUACGCAUCCGAGAUUUCGCACACCAGAGCCAAAGUUGGCGAUACUGAGCGCUGGGCGGCUGGCCUCAGCCCGCUGCUGGAUGCACAUAAGAGUGUCAAGCUCACGCACCGAGAGCUCAUCAAAAUGGACACAACUGUGCUUGAUAUCGAACUCAAAAAGGCAUCCGUGAUUCGCUCAGAGCUCGAGAAUAAUGCCAGUUUCCGCAACUCGCUGGCUGCAAUUGCCACCAAGCCACCCGCGCUGCUCCCCGAGAACAGGAGGUGGCAUUUCAAGGAGCGUGCCAUGACCCUUUGCUUCUACUUUUGGGGCACGACAGAGCCCAACACUCCCACCAGUUCGGACGAAGCGGACAUGCAGCAGUACCUCCGAUUAUCUGCGACGCCCGAACCUGCUCGAUGGGCAUAA